CCUACCAGAUGACCCACGAUGGAGACGUGUAAAAUGCUUGAGGAGCCAUGCCUCACUUUGCAACCCCUCUUCUAAAAAACAUCAUUAUUAGAAGUCAGUUUGAUAGCAUCAGGAGGAAGCAAUGCCUCCAGUAUCUGAAAACCCUGAAGUCACUGCGCUACGAUGGAUUUCAGACUGUAUACUUUGGGGAAACUGAUAUCCCAGAAAGUCUUGUCAGUGGAGAAGAUUUUGACAAUGGAAACUUCCUGCAAACUCCAACUUGGUGUAUUGUGCAUGCUGGGGGCAGUCAGGGAUGGGUGCCUUGGAAAUACCGGGUGUUCUUGAGAGAUGAGCUGUGUACCAAGCAAGAAGACAAGCUCUUCUUUGAGUUCUGUGAUGUAGUGAGGAAGACUUAUGGGAAAUGCGCCAUCGUGGUCAAAGGGAGAAGGCAGGAGAAUGAGAUGAGACCCAAGGAAGAUGGAGAGGCUGAGGUUCAGUCCUAUGCCCCAGCCGUCAUUAACUUAACAAGCAUUGUGUGUUGCCCAAAGGUGGCCAGAUUCUACGGCCAUGAGCUACUCACUCUGCCUUCCCCUUAUAAUUACCUGAAUGCUUUAGACUCUGCCUGGUCCUCUCUGAAAUGGUUUAUCAUCAAUAACAGGAAAGAAUUUUGUUUGCAGUCCACUGACAAUGCCUAUUUGUACCAGUAUAUACUUUUCAGUGAUUUAAUUAGCAAAGGAAUUGAAAGGAUAAACUUAAGCAAGUGGAAAACAAUAGUUAAAAAAGUACAGAGAUGGGAAAAUUACUACCUUGGGAAAUUUUCUUAGGAGUGAUUCUUCCAACAAACAAGGAAACUCCCCUGUACAUAUGACCUUUACCAAAAACCUUAUUAAGACUGGAUCACUGCCGCCAAAGAUAGUGACCUCACAGGGAUGCUGUGGAGACUGAGAGGUCCUGAAGGGUGUUGACAAAGUACUGGGUUUACUGAAAGUUUCAUUAAAACUUGUUGGUAAAUUAGCGGUCUCAACUCUCAUCUUGUUGAGGCAAAUCAAUGGGAGGGUUGGUGCCAACCUUGUACAGAGUAGGAUGGUCAUGAGUCAGGCGAGCAAGGCUAAAGAGUGGGUGGAC